AUGGAGGAAUUUCAGUAUAUUGAUAUUUGGCAGAUAGAUGAGGGCAAGCCUUCGCGUCCUGAAUGCUUGGGCCCUACUUUCCAUCUGAAGCCUAAUUGUCCAAUAUGUGAUUCUUGUUACAGCGACUUAUAUUGCAGUGCUUGUGUUCGUUCCGGUGCUUACAGUGUUGUCGCUAAAUCAAAGGAAGAAUUGAAGAUUCAAGAGCAUCCCCACUUUCAUGGUGCACCCAACUGUUCAAAACGGGUAAGGUGUUACUUUUACUUAGCUUCAGGCCUCUUCAACUUUAAGUAUGGUCGAAUCCUCAAAGGUUUGCACGGCAUUUUCUCCUUUCUUAUCCAUCCACCUGAUCUAUACAACAAAACUGGGUACACUUUAGGUCCCGAACCCACCACCUCUAGUCACGUGGCACUGGCGCACGCCGUGGUAGCAGCUCGUACGACCGCAAAGCUUUUUGAUGUGUGGCUUCCACCGUCAACUCGUAGACUUCUUUGUCUCGAAAACGUGUUUUCUGGUGACUUCGCCCUACGAGACAAUUUGGCUCAUGCUUAUUUGACUGUCGCACGCGCUGUUCAAAUGAUAUGUACCGUCUGUGGCCUUACAUGUCUCCCAGCAGAUAAAUUAUCCUGGCUUGGGCUGCCUCCGGAUGGACCUCGGGCUGGUGCUGUGGGUUUUAAGAAGCCGCUAACCGGUCUUUACGUACUCUGUCAGGCGAUGCAAAAAUUGGCCUUUAUCGGAAAAUCCUUUGAUGAGCCCUACUUUUUGGAAUUGGACACCUACGAAGACACGAAUCUCUUUGAGGAUACUAAGCUUAUCUCACUCAGCUUAAGGCGGCGCCAAUGUAGAUCCGUCGAAAGCCCUUGCCGGAAAGGUUCUCCUGAGCAUGUUUCCUCUCAUAAUGACUCAGUUUCCUGCCGGAAAUUACCUGACGAAGUCCAGUCACGACUCGAGUCUGACGAAGAUGUCAAAUCUGACGGUGCGCAUUCCACUUCCCUAGAUUGGGAAUUCGUUGACAGCGAUCACCUCCGGGAUCCGUACAUAUUGCCGAGUGACCACAGUUUCUAUAACUCGUUCUGGCUCCUCGCUUCUCCUGUUCAGCCACAAAAGACCGUCUCCUGUCGCAUCUGUUUAAUCGAAGUUGGCAUCUCUGAAAUGUUCCGCAAUCAAGAGCUCUCCUCUCGUCUACGGGGCCUUCACGCAGAAUUUUCUGCCUUAGAUUCAUUAAUGUCGCAGUGCUCAGCUUGUCACAACCUCUGCCCCACUCUCACCUACUGUGCACAUUGCAGCUCAUCAAUCUGCAAAUCAUGCGUGGAGAAACACUUAGUCACGGUCCAAAACUCUGUCAAAUCCCGAAUUGCGACCCUCAGCACACUAAGGCAGAAGCUAACGACUUGUCGCUCUGACCUCGCCACCAUCACGGCAACUACUGAAGGAAACGACCUUCGUAGGGUGGCAUUGACAGCUGAUAUCGAAGAUGCCACUGAACUCUUGAACUGUGCCUGUGAACGGGCAUUUGAACGGUCUAUGGGUGAUGUAACUGUGGAGGAAAUGCAAGGUUUGGAACGGCUGACGGAGUUACAAAGCCAACUGGAUGAGGCAGAUGAAAUAUUUCAUGUCCUUUCCUGUCAGUUGUAUGAUAUGAAAUCGGAGGAGGUGCGUUCGUGUUUUUAA